AUAGUGCUCCCCCCUGUGGUAAGGACCAGUGGGGUCUGAUUGUGGACCAGGCCAGCUUGCUGCUCAUCCAGGCCCUGCUGGGUAUCUACAGGAUCCAGGGGAUGAUUUGGAGUCUGCUUGAGCUCCACAGCCUCAAAAUAGUCUCUACUGGCAUCAUCUGGGUCUCACUGCAAGAGGUUUCCCUGAUGAACUACCUCUUCCUGGUUCUGUGGGCCUUUGCCCUCCCAUUCCCACGGAUACGACCUCUGGCCUCCAGUGUCUCUGCUGUCUGGGCCUGUGUCAUGGUGGUCUGUAAGAUGUUUUAUCAACUCAAAGUCAUCAAUCCCCUCAAUUACUCCUCCAACUGCACUGCUGGCCUGUUAUCGUCAAACAGCUCAGGCCCAGACAUGGGGGUAGAGCCGGGAGGGAACAUGGUGGAGCUGCUUAGGAGGUCUAUUCUCUACAUGGAAUCUGUUGACCCUGUCUAUUGGUGUGGAGCACUACGCAAGUGUGAGGGCAGGAUCCUCCCCUGUCUCCAGAACCAUCUGAUGGUGCUGGGUUUGCUGGUGUUUGAGGUGACCAUUCACCGCCACCAGCUGUACUACCGUCUCCACAAUGACCUGAAGACUCCGCCCUUCAGCAUCAUCUUCCAGGGCAUCACCAGGCAACACCUUGAUCAUGGUAUCCUUCCCUGCAUCAAGUACUUCAUCAACUUCUUCUACUACAAGUUUGGAUUAGAGAUCAGUUUGAUCGUGGCGGUUAAUGUGAUUGGUCAGAGGAUGGAUUUCUACGCCCUACUCCAUUCUUGCGCCUUAUUGGCUGUUCUGUCCCGGCGCCGCAGGAAAGCAAUUGGCGAGGUUUGGCCAAAGUAUUGCUGCUUCACCGCCGGACUCAUGGUGCUACAGUACCUUCUUUGCAUCGGCAUCCCUCCUGCUCUCUGCGUUGACUACCCCUGGAGGACCUCUAUUACACCUUUGACCUCCAAUGUAAUCAAGUGGCUGUACUUGCCUGACUUUGCCAUGAGGCCAAAUCCUUUGUUCAUCUUCUAUGACCACCUCCUGUUGCUGUGUUCAUCUCUUCAGUGGCAGAUGUUUGAGGAGGAGAAUCGGGCAGCGGUACGUCUGCUGGCAGGAGAGAAUGUAGAAAUCAGUCGCAAUCUGGAUCCUUGCUCCAUCAACCAGUUUGUACCUGUGGACAACUUCCUGCAUUGCAGGUCAUACCUAGACAUGGUGAAGGUGUUUGUGUUCAGUUAUUUCUUCUGGCUGGUGCUGUGCCUCAUCUUCAUCACUGGGACCACACGGAUCAACAUCUUCUGCAUGGGCUACCUGGUGGCCUGCUUCUACUUCAUGCUGUUUGGGAACAGUGUGCUGAUGCAGCCGGUCAGAUACAUACUGAGACUCUGGGACUGGCUCAUUGGCUACACCUGCCUUGUUAUCACCAUGAAGAACCUUCUGUCUCUCGGUUCAUGCGGCUAUCUGGACAGCCUGCUGAAGAACGGCUGCUGGCUCAUCCAAGCCUUCAGCAUGUUCUGUACCAUCAAAGGCUACGAUGUCCCGGCUCCUGAUGAUGAGUGUGAACUGCCGGAGGAUGAGGCUGGCAUCGUCUGGGAUGCCAUUUGUUUCACCUUCCUCCUGAUGCAGCGAAGGGUCUUCCUCAGCUAUUACUUUCUGUACGUGGUAUCAGACUUGAGGGCCUCUAAGAUAUUAGCCUCAAGGGGUGCUGAGCUGUUCGAGGCCAAGGUGAAGAAACAGGUGGCAGCCAGACUGGAGCUGGAGAAGAAAUCUGUCGAAACACUGAAGAAAAAGAUGGAGAAGAUCAAGUCCAAGCAGAAAAGUCGACAUGGGACUAAGGACAAAGGGAAGCCCCCUGCCGAUGAGCAAAGGUGUUUUCCAGAUGAGAAUGAGAAGGCGAUGAGAGAUGCUGGUAAAUGGUGGAAGCCUUGGGUCUCGGGGCCAGGGGUGGAAGACAACUGUGGCUACCACCUUUUUGAGAGUGACAGCGAGGAGGAGGAGGAGGUCUCAGAAAAGAAAGAAGAAGAGGCACCAUCAAAGAAGAAAUCUGCUUUUCAGUUGGCCUAUGAAGCUUGGAUCACCAACUCCAAGACAGCCCUCAGCAAUCUAAAGAAGGAGAAGAAAAAAACGAAACAGGAGGAGAGGAAGAGGGCAAAGAGAGAGCUACGGAGACAGCAAGGGAUUGACAGAGCAGACUCUAGUGAGGAUGAGUUGAACGACAGCUGUGUCGAUGAAGAUGUUGAUGAGAAGAAAGAAACUGUCUUCCAGCGCUGCAUUAGCACACUGAAUUUCAGCUGGGUCUUCAUCCUGUCCCUUGUUGAUGACCUCACCGAGAGUCUGAACUGUUUCUGUAAGGACAGCCAGGACAUUUCCAAGGUGUUGUGCUUUGAGAGAGCAUUGCUGGGCCAACAGCAGAGGAAGGGUCGAGAGGUGAGCCAGCAGAGUGUGAAGCAGUUUUAUGAGACCCGGAUGUCCCGUCAGAACACACAAUCCACGCAAGACGACCUGGAAGACAUGCUUUCUCCCCCUUCCUCGCCCCCCGCUGUUCCCUCCACCCACCAUGCCUAUGUCAAGCUCAGGAACACUGCCUCCAAGGUUUCCUGGGGCAGCAGCGUCUCCAGCUGUAUGACAGAUGAGACAAUGCUGGGCUCCCGCCAGCCUACCCAAGAGGAGCUGGAUGAUCCUCCUGUCCUGCAGCCAUCCGCCAACCAACUGAGAAGGAGGCUUCUGAAGACAGCUAAUAUUGAACUGACCUCCUUUGACAGCGAUGGACCUUUGCUGAGCCUCGAAGAUGAUAUCCCUCAAACGAGAGACCAUGAAGAAGGUGACGAUAAGGAGGACAAUGAGCAAGAAGAGGAACAGAGGCAACAAGAAGGAGAGGAAGAAGAAGUAGAUGAACAGGAUGAGGAGGAGAUGCAGGAAGAGGUGGGGGAACCAGAGGAAAGAGAGGAGGAUGAGUACCCUGAUUACUCAGAAUGCACCUCCCUGGGUCUGAGGGAGUCCGAGGAAGAGAAAAGCCUCGAUCUCCCAGAAUCCCCCAGGCCUCUGAGUCAGGACAGCAGGAACCUCACUGCCAGCGAACUGCUGCUCAACAAUAUGUUUGACAAUGAGGAGAUUUCAGAGUCUGACAAAUUCUUCCAGUCACUGCCCAGGCCGCUGAGGCUCCUCUUCGCCCUCUAUAACACCAUGGUAUCCAAGUCAGAGAUGCUGUGUUAUUUUGUCAUCAUUCUCAACCACAUGGUGUCGGCCUCAUUACUCUCCCUGAUCCUGCCUAUCCUCAUCUUCCUCUGGGCCAUGUUGUCAGUGCCCAGGCCUUCCAAACGCUUCUGGAUGACCGCCAUCGUAUACACAGAGCUAACAGUUGUGGUAAAGUACUUCUUCCAGUUUGGCUUCUUCCCCUGGACCACGUUUGCCUACCGAGGCAUCAACGCCGAACGGCCUUUUGCCUUGCCCAACAUCAUUGGGGUGGAGAAGAAAGAUGGCUACGUUCUCUUUGACCUCAUCCAGCUGCUAGCUCUGUUUUUCCACCGUUCAAUUCUAAAGUGUCACGGUCUGUGGGAUAACAAGGAGGUUGAGAUGCCUGACUUCUUCAAGAAACUGAAGAAAAAAGUGGACAAGAAGAAGAUGACGGCAGGAGAUAAACCAAGAACGGCGAUGGAACCUCGACGCAAACUGCGUUUACUCGCUCUCCAGACCUCCACCACCUCCAUGUUCUCGAGACGGAUGAGAGGCGACUCAACAGAGUCUAAGGUGAAACCCAAGAAGCACCACAGCAGGAAGAAGAGACGACACAAGGCUCCUCUGACCAGGAAACAGAUGAUCAGGCAGCAGAUUAGAGAAAAGAUGCUCCAGGCCAAAGCUGCUGUCAUCGAAGUUGCCCUGCACAUUUACCUUCCCAUCAGGCAAUUCUUCUAUGAUAUCAUCCACCCGGAGUACAGUCCCGUGUGUGAUGUGUACGCCCUCAUGUUUCUCAUUGAAGUUGCCAACUUUAUCGUCACUAUCUAUGGAUACUGGGCUUUUGGGAAAUACAGUGCAGCAGCAGACAUCACAGAGUCCCUGUCGGAGGACCAGGUUCCACAGGCCUUCCUGGUCAUGCUGCUGAUCCAGUUUGGUACCAUGAUCAUGGACCGGGCCCUGUACCUGAAAAAGUCCCUGCUGGGGAAGUGUGUGUUUCAGGUGGUGCUGGUGUUUGGCAUUCAUUUCUGGAUGUUCUUCAUCCUCCCUGGAGUCACCGGGAGGAGGUUUAACAGAAACCCAAUUGCCCAGCUGUGGUACUUCGUCAAGUGUAUCUACUUUGGCCUGUCUGCCUUCCAGAUUAAAUGUGGCUACCCCAACUGCGUGCUAGGAAACUUCCUGACUAAGCAGUACAACUACAUCAACCUCUUCCUCUUCCAAGGGUUUCGGUUGGUUCCGUUCCUGACUGAGUUGAGGGCAGUGAUGGACUGGGUUUGGACUGACACCACUCUGUCUCUGACCAGCUGGAUUUGUGUAGAGGACAUCUAUGCUAACAUAUUCAUAAUAAAAUGCUUGAGAGAGUCUGAGAAAAAAUACCCCCACCCUCCAGGACAGAAGAAGAAGAAAGUGGUAAAAUACGGAAUGGGAGGUUUCAUCAUCUUCACACUAAUUAGUAUAAUCUGGUUCCCCCUUCUCUUCAUGUCAUUGGUCAGUUCUGCAGCCGGAGUAACCAAUCAACCGCUAGAUGUCUCCAUCCAGCUCAGCAUAGCAGGAUAUGAGCCUCUCUUCACUAUGAAUGCCCAGGAACAGAACUUGGUCCCUUACUCAGAAGCUGGCUUCAACCGACUCACCAAAAUCUACGCUACCCAUCCAUCUGCUAUGCAGUUCAUAAUGAACUAUGAGGCGGAAGAUAUCAUUUUGGCUAAGAUAAAGAGUGAUGCCAGCCUGUUGUGGAGCAUUAGCCCUGCUAGCCGCGAGGCCAUGAUUCAGGAGCUCAGCAACUCUUCCCACAUUUACAUGACCUUACGAUGGACGUUGCUCAGGAACGCAUCCUUGUCGAUGAAUGCUGAAACAACAGGAGAGCACACUGUGAAAUAUAAGGACAUGGUCUUGAGGGACGAGAUAGUUAAUAUGCUAAAAGGGACCAGGCAUAGCCCUGUGAUCAUAAAUUUUCUGCUGCCGAAGUUCCUCAGGGGUCCUAAGGGGCCUGAGUCCAAGAUGGCCACCAGGAUGGAAGUUGAGCAUUCAGACCGCCCAGAGGACAUCCAAACACUGGCUUUCUUCAGGCCCCUGUCAGUCAGACUUCAGCAGACCAAUGGGGAGGCAGAGGAGGAGGAUGGCCAGUGGUGGGUGGUGGAGGAGUGUUCCCCAGGUCCUGCCCUCAACCACAAAAACUGUCACAGUAUAGAAAUAGUGGUGUUCAAUGACAAAGUUAGCCCCGCUAGUCUUGGGUUCCUGGCUGGACAUGGCAUCGUUGGCCUGUACAUGUCCGUGGUGUUUGUCAUUGGGAAGUUCGUCAGGGAGUUCUUCAAUGGUAUCUCCAGAUCCAUCAUGUUUGAGGAGCUUCCAUGCGUAGACCGCGUCCUAAAGCUCUGCACAGACAUCUUUGUGGUGCGGGAAACAGGAGAAAUGGAGUUGGAGGAGAUACUCUGUGAGAAACUCAUCUUCCUCUACAGAUCCCCAGAGACUAUGAUCAAGAUGACCAGAGAGAAGAAAGACUGCUAG